GGGUGCCGGCCGCACUCGCGGGACCUGUGGCAGUUCAGGCGCCUGAGCGGACCGAACAAGCGUUAGCCGCUGACAUGACGCCUGCGGACCAGGAGGAAAGGCAGUCACUCCUGCGGCCGCCCGGCGGCAGCGUCCCCCGCGGCCGCCGCCUCUUCCUCGCCGCCUUUGCAGCUGCCCUGGGCCCGCUCAGCUUCGGCUUCGCGCUCGGCUACAGCUCGCCGGCCAUCCCGAGCCUGCGGCGCGAUGCCUCCCGGGCCCUGCGCCUCGGCGACGACGCCGCCUCCUGGUUCGGGGCCAUCGUGACCCUGGGCGCCGCGGCGGGGGGCGUGCUGGGCGGCUGGCUGGUGGAUCGCGCCGGACGCAAGCUGAGCCUCAUGCUCUGCACCCUGCCCUUCGUGGCUGGCUUUGCCGUCAUCACUGCGGCCCAGGAUGUGUGGAUGCUGCUCGGGGGCCGCCUCCUCACCGGCUUGGCCUGCGGCAUUGCCUCGCUAGUGGCCCCGGUGUACAUCGCUGAAAUUGCUUACCCAGCAGUCCGGGGGCUGCUGGGCUCCUGUGUGCAGCUGAUGGUCGUCACAGGCAUCCUCCUAGCCUACAUGGCAGGCAGCAUCCUGGAGUGGCGCUGGCUGGCGGUGCUGGGCUGUGCGGCCCCCUCUCUCAUGUUGCUACUCAUGUGCUGCGUGCCUGAGACCCCACGGUUCCUGCUGACUCAGCACAAGCGCCAGGAAGCCAUGGCCGCCCUGCGCUUCCUGUGGGGCUCUGAACAGGGCUGGGAAGAGCCCCCCCUCGGGGAUGAACACCAGGGCUUCCACCUGACUCAGCUGAGGCGGCCUGGCGUCUACAAGCCCUUCAUCAUCGGCAUUUCACUGAUGGCCUUCCAGCAGCUGUCGGGGAUCAACGCCGUUAUGUUCUAUGCAGAGACCAUCUUUGAGGAGGCCAAAUUCAAGGACAGCAGCCUGGCCUCAGUCAUCGUGGGCGCUAUCCAGGUACUGUUCACUGCUGCAGCAGCGCUCAUCAUGGACAGAGCUGGACGGAGGCUGCUCCUGGCUGUGUCAGGUGUGAUCAUGGUGUUCAGCACUAGCGCCUUUGGUGCCUACUUCAAGCUGACCCAGGGUGGCCCCAACAACUCCUCACACAUGGACCUCUUCACGCCCAUCUCCAUGGAGCCUGUCGAUGCCAGUGCAGGGCUGGCCUGGUUGGCUGUGGGAAGCAUGUGCUUUUUCAUCGCUGGCUUCGCUCUGGGCUGGGGGCCCAUCCCUUGGCUGCUUAUGUCAGAGAUCUUCCCUCUGGAUGUUAAGGGUGUGGCCACCGGUGUCUGCGUCCUCACCAACUGGCUCAUGGCCUUUCUGGUGACAAAAGAAUUUAGCAACCUCAUGGAGGUCCUCAGGCCCUAUGGCGCCUUCUGGCUCAGCUCUACCUUCUGCAUCUUCAGCGUCCUCUUCACUGUGUUCUGUGUCCCCGAAACCAAAGGGAAGACUUUGGAACAAAUCACAGCCCAUUUUGAGGGACGGUGACAGCUCCUUGUUUGUGGCCGACCCUCCUAGCUGGGCUAGCUUUGGGCUUUGGAGGGGACGAAGCCAGCCCCAAACCCCAGGAGGCUCCAGGGGAGCUGGGACCCAGGACCACAGCCCCUUGGAGCCUUGGCCUCUGGGGUCCCUCCUUCCUGUGCAGCUUCCUGUAGCCCAGUGACCGGGAGUAUGAGGUGCCAGUCUCCUGGUCCAGUUCCUGCAGUUUAUCUUCGGACUUGGGAGCAGGGAGCAGCUCAGAGGGUGUUUGCAGUCCUGUGGUCAGCCUUCCACCAUCUCCUUCACAACACUGAAGCAGCAGAAAAGGAGGUGGACUCAUGGUUCCUCAUUUCUGGCUGGAGAUGCUUUUGGCGGCUGGGUGCUGGGCACACACUUUUUGCUCUCACGUGGUUGGAUUAUCAGGAAGGAACUUUGUUUGCCAAAUAAAGAUUUGACUCAGAAAA